CACAAUUCUCUGCUUGUGUGUGCUUUUUUCUCUCCAACUUUCCACUCGUCAUUUUCUCUCUCUAAGACUCGUCUUCUCUAUUUCUAGUGAGAGAAAGCUUAAACCUUUUUUCAACUUCACUCUCCUUCAUCCUCUUCAACCGUAACUUAAAUAUUCAAACUAUCUUCCAUUUUUCUUCUAUUUUUCUUCAGCCUUCAUUAUGGUUAGGAAGAGGAGAACUGAGGGACCUGGUGGUGAAAGCUCCGAUGGUCAACACCCUGCUGAGAGGAGUGUGCCGCCUCAACAACAGGCUGCUGUAUCUGGAGGUGCAGGUCCCCAGGGAGGGGGAGGACCCCAAGGAGGGCGAGGCUGGGCUCCCCAGGGUGGACGUGGGGGUUAUGGAGGUGGACGCGGUGGUCGUGGGAUGCCCCAACAGCAAUAUGGUGGUGCACCCCCUGAGUAUCAAGGAAGAGGUAGGGGAGGACAUCAUCAGCCCCAACAGCAAUAUGGUGCUCCCUCUGAUUAUCAAGGAAGGGGUAGGGGAGGACCUCCCCAGCAUCAACAGCAGUAUGGUGGUCCACCUGAGUAUCAAGGCAGAGGCAGGGGAGGGCCUUCUCAGCAAGGAGGUCGUGGAUAUGGCGGUGGCCGAGGUGGAUAUGGUGGCGGUGUGGGCCCUGGUGGUGGCCAUGACACAGUUCCUUCUUAUGGAGGCCCACCUAGGCCACCAGCACCCGAGCUGCACCAAGCUACCUCAGUUCCUUCCGUGCCAUAUCCAGUUGCGGUGUCUCCUCCACCUGCACCAAGUGAGGCAAGUUCAUCUUCUCAUCCACCAGAAGUGUCUGAAGUGGAACAGGAUCUGGGACAGAUGACAAUUCAUUCUGAAGAGACUCCCGCGCCUCCUCCUGCUAGUAAAUCAUCACUGAGGUUUCCCCUUCGACCUGGAAAAGGGAGCUAUGGCAAGAAAUGUGUUGUUAAGGCAAACCACUUCUUUGCUGAGUUGCCAAAGAAAGACCUGCAUCAGUAUGAUGUGACAAUUACUCCAGAAGUGACUUCUAGAGGUGUGAACCGUGCUGUUAUGGAGCAGCUUGUGAGACUGUAUCGUGAUUCUCACCUGGGAAAGAGACUUCCGGCUUAUGAUGGCCGUAAGAGCCUCUAUACUGCAGGGCCACUUCCUUUUAUUACGAAGGACUUUAGAAUCACCCUGGUUGAUGAAGAUGAUGGGUCAGGAGGGCAGAGGAGGGACAGGGAGUUUAAAGUUGUUAUUAAACUUGCUGCACGUGCUGACCUUCACCACCUGGGACUCUUUUUGGAGGGGAGGCAGACUGAUGCACCUCAGGAAGCUCUGCAGGUUCUUGACAUUGUUCUCCGGGAGCUUCCUACUACCAGGUAUUGUCCAGUGGGAAGAUCAUUUUAUUCACCUGAUCUAGGUAGAAGGCAGCCUUUGGGUGAGGGGUUGGAAAGUUGGCGGGGAUUUUAUCAAAGUAUUCGUCCUACUCAAAUGGGACUGUCUCUGAACAUUGAUAUGUCUUCAACUGCAUUUAUUGAGCCACUGCCUGUGAUAGAUUUCGUUACCCAGUUGUUGAAUAGGGAUGUCUCAUCCAGGCCUCUGUCUGAUGCUGACCGAGUUAAGAUAAAAAAAGCGCUCCGUGGAAUCAAAGUUGAAGUAACACAUCGUGGCAACAUGAGGAGAAAAUAUCGUAUUUCCGGUUUGACUUCACAAGCUACUAGAGAGCUGACUUUCCCUGUGGAUGAGAGGGGGACUAUGAAGUCUGUUGUUGAGUAUUUCUUUGAGACCUAUGGUUUCGUCAUUCAACAUACUCAGUGGCCUUGUUUGCAAGUGGGCAAUACUCAGAGACCAAACUACCUUCCAAUGGAGGUCUGCAAGAUUGUCGAGGGGCAAAGGUACUCUAAACGAUUGAAUGAGCGACAAAUUACCGCCCUGCUCAAAGUCACAUGCCAACGUCCACUAGAUAGGGAACGUGACAUCAUGCAGACUGUACAUCAUAAUGCCUAUCAUGAGGAUCCUUAUGCUAAAGAAUUUGGAAUCAAAAUCAGUGAAAAACUUGCUCAAGUCGAAGCUCGCAUCCUUCCUGCGCCUUGGCUCAAAUAUCAUGAUACUGGUAGAGAAAAGGAUUGUCUACCCCAAGUUGGCCAAUGGAAUAUGAUGAACAAGAAAAUGGUCAAUGGGGGAACAGUUAACAAUUGGUUCUGCGUAAACUUUUCUAGGAAUGUGCAAGACAGUGUUGCACGUGGAUUUUGUGAUGAACUUGCCCAUAUGUGUUACGUAUCUGGCAUGGCAUUUAAUCCUGAACCAGUAGUUCCUCCAGUAAGUGCCCGUCCUGACCAAGUUGAGAAGGUUCUGAAAACGCGUCAUCAUGAUGCCAAGACCAAACUGCAGGGAAAGGAUCUUGAUCUGCUCAUUGUCAUUUUGCCUGAUAAUAAUGGUUCUCUUUAUGGUGACCUCAAGCGAAUAUGUGAGACUGACCUGGGGGUUGUUUCACAGUGUUGUUUGACUAAACAUGUUUUUAAGAUGAGCAAGCAGUACCUUGCAAAUGUUUCCUUGAAAAUAAAUGUAAAGGUUGGGGGUAGGAAUACUGUUCUGGUUGAUGCACUUUCACGACGCAUACCACUAGUCAGUGACAGACCUACUAUUAUAUUUGGAGCUGAUGUGACUCAUCCACACCCUGGUGAAGAUUCAAGUCCAUCAAUAGCAGCUGUUGUUGCUUCUCAAGAUUGGCCAGAAAUCACCAAGUAUGCUGGUUUGGUUUGUGCCCAAGCACAUAGGCAGGAGUUGAUUCAAGACCUUUUCAAACAAUGGCAAGAUCCAGUCAGAGGAACAUUGACUGGUGGAAUGAUCAAGGAACUUCUUAUAUCAUUCCGGAGAGCAACUGGUCAAAAACCACAGCGCAUCAUAUUUUACAGAGAUGGAGUUAGCGAAGGGCAAUUUUACCAAGUGCUGCUGUUUGAGCUUGAUGCAAUCCGGAAGGCCUGUGCUUCACUUGAACCCAACUAUCAGCCUCCUGUGACUUUUGUGGUGGUUCAAAAACGUCAUCAUACUAGGCUCUUUGCCAGUAACCACCAUGACAAGAGCUCUGUUGAUCGCAGUGGCAACAUAUUACCUGGAACUGUUGUGGAUUCUAAGAUCUGCCAUCCGACUGAGUUUGACUUUUAUCUAUGCAGUCAUGCCGGAAUACAGGUAAACUUUUGCUACCGAUGGUGUAAAAAUUUAAAGUUGGAUUAUUACUGUGCUCUUAUGUUCAAGAGAUUUUUGCAGGGUACAAGCCGUCCAGCUCAUUAUCAUGUUUUGUGGGAUGAAAAUAAUUUUACUGCCGAUGCUUUGCAAAGUCUAACUAACAACUUGUGCUACACAUAUGCCAGAUGUACCCGUUCUGUUUCAAUUGUGCCCCCUGCUUAUUAUGCUCAUUUGGCUGCAUUCCGAGCAAGGUUCUAUAUGGAACCCGAGACUUCUGAUAGUGGAUCUAUGACAAGCGGUGCAGUUCCACGCGGUGGAAUGGCAGCUGCUGCAGGGCGUAGUUCACGUGCCCCGGGUGCAAAUGCUGCUGUUAGACCCUUGCCUGCGUUGAAGGAGAAUGUCAAGAGGGUCAUGUUUUAUUGCUGAGAUUUAUUUAAAGUUUUUUGAAGGACUGCUGAGAUCAUAAUUGAAGUUUGAUGAAGGACUGCUGGGAUCAUAUUUGGAGUUUGUUGAAGGAAGUAUCAAAUAAACUGGUCUAGUUAUGUUGAAGUAAUAUUGAGAUGAUAUUGACAAGUGUUUGUUUUAAACUAUUUGAUGUGGAAGUAAUAUUGAGAUAAUAUUGUUAAGUGGUUGUUUUAAAAACUAUUUUGUCGUGCUUCAUAAUCGUCUGCUGGUAUUAGUGGUUGUUUUGAAUGUUUAUGUCGUUUUAUCAUUCUUGAAUCAAACCUAUGUUUACUGUUGAA